AUAGUUGCUCUUUUCUCUUCGCUCUUUCAUCUGCAGUUUAAACGUCUCCUCUUGUGUGUAGUCUUCUGUGAUAUCUUUGCACAACACUUGCAACCUGUGCAUGCGGCCGUAAAACCACUUGAUCGUGAUGCACACACCAUUUACUACAAAAACCAGGCGCCCAAUGAAAGCGGUGAUUUUCAUUACGAAUUCCAAACAUCCAACGGCAUCACAACAAAAGCAGCGGGAAAUGAGUUCGGCCAUAGUGGUGUGGUGCAGUACAUUUCGGCAGAAGGCAUACCCAUCACGAUGACAUAUGUAGCCGAUGCCGAUGGUUAUCAUCCGACAGGCGAACACAUACCAAAGUUACCGGAACAAGUUUGGGCGACACAGAUGCGCAGUAAACGCCAACAACGAACUGUAGACGAGAAGACAUAUGCAAAAACUACUGUUAGAAAAAUACAAACAACAAGUAAAAAAAUAAGUGUGGUUAAAUAA